CAACUAGAGUACGGAGGAGGCCAUUCACUUAGCCUGUAUUAGCUAAACACACCUAGCCACUGCUAGGUAGCCGGUGGCUAACGAGCAAGCUAAAGCAUCAGUUGGUUUUAAUGUCGACCGUCAUACCAAGUGAUGGCAAGAGAACAGUGUUCACAGAUUGAAUCUGAGCUGUAUUACCUCAUUGCCAGAUUUCUGCAGUCGGGACCGUGUAAAAGAGCGGCGCAGAUUCUGAUCGAGGAGCUGGAGCAGUAUGAGUUGAUUCCACAACGAUGGAGUUGGGACGGGAAGAAAUACAAACGGACCUUUCAAGACUGGAUGAUUUUGAACGAGCACAUUCCUGCAGAUUAUCUGCUCCGUGUCUGUCAGCGGAUUGGCCCACUUAUCGCAAAAGAGAUCCCACCUAGUGUCCCUGGAGUCCAAACACUGCUAGGGUUGGGAAGACAGUCUUUGCUUCGGACCACCAAAAGUUGUUGCCACAAAGUUUGCAGUGGGUCAGCUGUUGCUGCACUCCACCGAGGACGUCCACCAGAACCCCCAGUUACCAAUGGAAGUUUUCCCAGCAUCGUUUCCAUCAUGGGUGCUCGCCAGGCUACAGGCACAGCCCGAUUCAGCCAGGCUCUGCCAUCUUCCACUUACCAACACAUGAAGAUACACAAACGUAUCCUUGGCCAUCUUUCCUCAGUCUACUGUGUAGCAUUUGACCGCACUGGGCGUCGGAUAUUUACGGGUUCUGAUGAUUGCUUAGUGAAAAUCUGGGCCACAGAUGACGGCCGGCUCCUGGCAACACUCCGCGGCCACUCAGCAGAGAUCUGUGACAUGACCGUCAACCAGGAGAACACCCUGAUUGCCUCGGCCAGCUGUGACAAGAUCAUCAGAGUGUGGUGUCUGCGUACCUCUGCACCCAUCACUGUUCUCCAGGCACAUGCUGCCUCCAUCACAUCCAUUCAGUUUUGUCCUGCAGCCAAAGGUACAACACGCUACUUGGCCUCAACAGGUGCAGAUGGCAUGGUGUGCUUCUGGAAGUGGCAUACACACAGCAUGAAAUUCAAUGAUCAGCCAGUGAAAUUCAUUGAGCGUUCACGCCCGGGGGUGCAGGUCUCCACUUCCUCCUUUAGUAGUGGUGGUAUGUUUAUGGUUACUGGCGGCACUGAUCAUGCAGUCAGAGUCUACUACUUGGGUUCUGAAACUCCGAUAAAGGUGUCUGAGAUGGAUGCUCAUACUGAUAAAGUUGUUGUCGUCCAAUUUUGCAAUAACAGUGAUAGCUUAAGGUUUGUAAGUGGCAGCCGUGAUGGUACAGUGAAGAUCUGGCAUUACCAGCAACAGGAGUGGAAAAGUAUCGCUCUCGACAUGUCUGCCAGGCUGCCUGGGAGUUGUGUUGUCAGUGGGGAUGAUAAAACCAAGCUGGUGGUAUCAAUGGUGGCCUGGGACCGUGGUGACUACACUGUUAUCACAGCAGUUUCAAAUUGUCUUCUCAAAGUGUGGAACUCAACUACUGGACAGCUUCUGCAUGUUUUGCCUGGUCAUGAUGAUGAGGUGUUUGUGCUUGAGGCCCAUCCAUUUGAUCCACGCAUCAUGCUCUCAGCUGGUCACGAUGGCAAUAUUUACAUCUGGGACCUGUCUAAAGGAGCAAAGAUUCGGAACUACUUCAACAUGAUCGAAGGGCAAGGCCAUGGGGCAAUUUAUGACUGCAAAUUCUCCAUUGAUGGUCAACAUUUUGCCUGCACUGACUCACAUGGGCACUUGUUGAUUUUUGGUUUUGGCUGCAGCAAACCCUAUGAGAAGAUUCCAGACCAUAUGUUCUUCCACACUGACUACCGGCCUCUUAUCCGUGACUCUAAUAACUAUGUCCUGGAUGAGCAGACACAGCAGGCCCCACACCUCAUGCCUCCACCUUUCCUGGUAGAUGUUGAUGGGAAUCCUCACCCCCCUCUCUACCAGCGUCUGGUGCCAGGGAGAGAGAACUGCAAGGAGGAGCAGCUUAUACCCCAGCUAGGAUACAUGGCUAACAGUGAUGGUGAGUUGGUUGAGCAGGUACUUGGCCAGCAAACGGCAGAAAGUGGAGAAAGUCUGUUGGACAAUCUCAUCCGACAGCUGCAGAAUGAACAAGAUGAGCAUCAAAAUGCAGAAGAGCAGCCGGCUGAGGCGGAGGGUGAUGGUGCAGCACAGAUGGUGGCCUCCUCCAAUACUGUUAGAGUGCGUAGGAGUGGUCACAUGGAUGGGGUGUGGCAAAUGCAACAUAACUCCCUCCGCAGUCAGGUUGCCACUGAGAGGGAUCUGUUGGCCUGGAGCCGCAGAGUGGUGGUCAAUGAAGUGCCACAGGAGCUAUUCAGAGCUAUGGAGGUGUUCAGACUGGCCAAAGGUGAGGCUGAAUGUUCACUUUACAAUGCAGAGAGGAGAAAAAAACCAUUGAGCAACACAAGCAAGACUGACCCAGUAGCUACACGCUUACGCAAUCUGAGACCAACCAGGAGGCAGCGGCAGCGCCACACCUAUCAGACCCGUUCAGCUCAAGUAUGCCGUGCUGGAAAUAGGAGUCAAAAUCCCAGCAACCAGCGUAGCUCUGUUAGGGAGGUAGAAUCUGACAGUGAUGGUGAGGCAGCUCAGCAGCAUGAGCCCAGCGAUACUUCUGAUGGUGAAGCACAGUGGCAGAGUGAGAGCAGCUCCAGUGAUGCCUCAAGUGAAUAUUCUGAUUGGACAGCCGAUGCUGGCAUCAACCUUCAGCCACCAAAGCGACGAACAAGGAGGCCAGUGCGGCCUCCUGGUUACAGCAGCUCAGAGGACGAGGAAGGUGAAGCAAAAGAUGCAGAGGCCAAAAAGAAUGACCGGGAGAACAAAAAGAAGCCCAAAGAGGCCAAGCAGAAACCAUCAUCUUUGGCUGGACUUGAUGCAGAAGAAUUGCUUACACCGGCAUGGAUAAUGGAGACUGUUCCACACCGCUCUCCUUUUGUUCCGCAAAUGGGAGAUGAGCUCAUCUACUUCAAGCAGGGCCAUCAAGCUUAUGUAAGAGCUGUCCGCAAAGCAAAAUCAUACAGCAUCAACCUCCAGAAACAGCCAUGGAACCGACUUGACCUCAGGGACCAGGAAUCUGUGAAGGUGGUUGGAAUUAAAUAUGAAGUUGGACCUCCUACACUGUGCUGCCUAAAACUGGCUUUCUUGGACCCUGUUUCAGGGAAGAUGACGAAUGAGUCUUUCUCCUUAAAGUAUCAUGACAUGCCAGAUGUCAUAGAUUUUCUGGUACUUCAGCAGUUUUACAAUGAGGCUAAAGAGCGCAACUGGCAGCCAGGUAUGAGGUUCUGCAGCAUCAUUGAUGACGCCUGGUGGUUUGGAACUGUGGAGGCACAGGAGCCUUUGCAGCCAGAGUAUCCUGACAGCCUGUUUCAGUGCUAUGCAGUAAAAUGGGACAAUGGUGAGCGUGAGAAAAUGAGUCCCUGGGACAUGGAGCCUAUUCCUGAGGAAGCUGCGUUACCGGAGCACGUUGGCGAUGGGGUGGAGGUGUCAGAGGAGGAGUUGAAGGCACUCCUCUACAGCCCACAAGAAGGGGAGUGGGGGGCUCACACACAAGACGAGGACUGUGAGAGAGUCAUGCUCGGUAUCGAUCACCUUCUUACACUCGAUGUAGCAAAAGCUUUUGCAUCUCCAGUAAAUUUGCAGGACUACCCUUCUUACUGCACAGUCGUCGCCUAUCCGACUGACCUCAGUACGAUUCGCAGACGACUGGAGAACCGCUUCUACAGAAGGAUCUCUGCUUUAAUGUGGGAGGUUCGCUAUGUUGAACAUAACGCCCGCACUUUCAACGAACCCCAGAGUCCCAUCGUAGCUGCCGCAAAGGUGGUGACCGAUGUGCUCCUCCACUACAUCGGGGACCAGAGCUGCACAGACAUCUUGGAUUUGUAUCACAGACUGAAGUCUGAGAUCAGCAGUGGAGAAGAAGCUGAGGCAGAUGAUGUGAAAGUGGAUGUGGACUCUGAUGCUCCAGGGACAUCUACAGGACAUCGAGGUGGCGGAUCCAGUUCUAGUAAACGUGGUGUGGUGUUGGAUGUGACCGUGUGGCGAGGUCAGUGUCGACAGCUUUUGCGUAAAAUGAUCGUCUCUUCAGAUUCAGAACCAUUCAGGCAGCCUGUGGAUCUCUUUGAAUACCCGGACUACAGAGAUAUCAUCGACACGCCAAUGGAUCUAGGUACAGUGUCAGAGACGCUUGUUGCAGGGAAUUACGAGAACCCGAUGGAGUUUGCCAAAGACAUCCGACUCAUUUUCAGCAACUCUAAAGCAUACACACCUAACAAGAAGUCACAGAUCUACACCAUGACCCUCAGCUUGUCUGCAUUUUUUGAAAGUCGGAUCAUCUCCAUCAUUUCUGACUACAAGUCUGCCCUUCAGAAUGAACGGCGAACUCGUCAGAGACUCAGUUACAGUAAGAGGCUGCACAACGGAGGCAGCUCUCCACCUGUUAGUCCAAACCCAAGCUCUAAAGAGAAGCACAAGCCCAGGAAGGUGUCAAAGCCAAAACAAUCCCAGACCUCAACCAAGAUUUGCUCCCAGAGACCUUUUCAGGCUCAGGAAAGUAGCAGCAGUGCAGCAGUGGAAGACGACACGGAGCCUUCCUCACCAAGUUCAGAGACGAGCAGUGAGAACACAAACCACAGACCACAUCGGGCGACCUGUACCCUCGCCACACCAACGAAGAAGUCAGGGGACCAACGGAACUUGUACCUCACCAAUGGUUCGAGGCGGCGCCAUAGUGUGGGAUCAGGAUCCAGCAGCUCCUCCUCAGAGUCAUCGUCAUCUUCGUCAUCGUCGUCUUCAUCGUCAUCGUCUGACAGCGAGAACAGCUCUGAUUCUGAGAUGGAGAAGUGCGUAGAAGGGGGCGACCACGACUACAGUAAAGCACCCUGUCUGUCUCAGGGUCGGGUGACCACCUCAGGAAAAAGGAGCCACACUGGAGGAGAAGACAUCGCACAAGGAGUAAAAAGAGCACGACUGCAGCUGCCAGAAGAGGAGGAGGAAGAUGAGGAGGAGGAAGAGGAGGAUGAAGAAGAGAAAGAAGAGCAACAACCUGAGAAUGUGAAGGGAGAAGAUGAUGAUGAUGAGGAGGAGGAAGAGGAAGAGGAGGAGGAGGAGGAAGAGGAGGAGCCGGAGGAGGAGGAGGAUGAUGAUCCUGCACAGGUUCACACAGAACCUGCAACAGCUAAAAGUUUGAGGAACCAGUGCAAGUCUCAGAGGGUCAACACUCGGAACCAAGGCCGCAGGACAGUUCUAUACAGGGACGACUCGGAGGAUGACGGGACGAAGGACGACCCCCUCAACCUGGGCAUGUCCCGCUCAGGCCGUGUACGCCGCAUGACUGAGAAAGCCCGAGUUAGCCACCUCAUGGGCUGGGGUCACUGACACGUGGUUCCCCUUCUCCCGGUUCAAACCUCCAUAAGACAAACUUGUUUAAAGAUGAAAAAUACUGCAGGGAUUUUUUUUUUUUUUUGUACACAUGUGAAUAUAUAAAAAUUAUUUUCUUUUUUCCUGGAACUGCUAAUGACUUCCAAACUGAUCGCUGGUGCUCAACAAGGAUCUUCUUCAUCCAGAGAAGUCACCUCGGCCUUAAUGUUCAGUGGGAGGAGCCUUCAUGCACGGUGCUCCUCCUCCUCCUGCUGUGCUUUUCCUAAUAUCUAACCCUGUACCCUUCUUUCUGCUCACCUCAUGUUUUACACAGCGUUCUUAUCCCACUCACCAAAGAAUGUCUGGAGAUGCCAAAAGCGGUGUAUGUGUGUUGUUUUUUGUUUUUGUUUUUUUGUGCGGUUGAAAACAUGCUGAGCGCUAAGAAAUGCACAGCUCAAGUUGAUCAAUUUUUUUAAAUUAUUUGUUAUAUAGAAGUGUGUGUAUUUUUCUGCAUUUCUCACUUUUUUUCUGAGGUAAGUCAUAUGUUCGCAUUAUUCGUACCAUCUGCUGCACCCGUAGCAAAGGUCAAAACAUGGUAAUAUAGUAGAGUACCUGGAUACCUGCAGAAACUGGUGUAUGAUUUUUGUCCGAUAAAUGCACCACCUCCUCCUGCCUGUGAAUGUUAAAUGGUUCUGCCUCCCAAUCUCUUUUCCCUCCUGUAAUCCUCAGACACAACUGGCUGCUAAAAUUAUUAUUAUUAAAGUCACUGUGUGUGGUUUUGUUUUUUGUUUGUUUGUUUUUGUUUUUUGUAUGGUUGUGUUCCAGAUGGAUCAGAUCUCCAAACAUUUGAGUUUUGUAACUCCACACUUAUAGAGAAAUGCAUAUUUUUUGCACCAUAUUAUGGUACAGUUAAUGACACUAUUUAUAUUAAGUGUUGAGAAGAAUUUUCAUGUAACUGAAGUCAUUCAUCAUGGCACUGUCUCUAGUUCUGGCUUCACCGAUGGCAGGAUUUGCUUUUGGACCAAUUGGGGGGGGGGUUGAAAAUGUCGUCUUUGGGCUCUGGGAAAUUGUGGUGAUUCACUUUGGCUCCUAAUUGAGCUUGAAGUUAUUCUCAAGAUGUAUAGCCCUAUGUGGUAUGAGUGAGGAAAAGACAAAUAUUUGCACAUUAUGUAUUCCACAUGGCAGCUGAGUAAUAGUGAUUAGAGAAGCAGAAUUUAAAUGAUUUUUUUUUUUCCCUCUCGCUCUAUAAGAAUGCUUGAACUGUGCUGUCGGCCUUUGUAGUAGUAUAGUGUAAGAUGAGGGUCUCAUUUGAACGGGAUUAUUGUAUUUUGUUGAUCUAAAACCAUUCUGCCUGUUAGUUUGUUCAGUGAUGGUGACAUUCAGGUUCACCACAGGUUAGAAGAAUAGUGUCUCCAUCACGCUAUCCUACAGUCUGUCACAGAAGGGUCAUUUUUAUGAAAGCUUUGGGAGCUGCUGUGAUUUCUGAUUGGUCUGUUUGUGUUUGUCAGAUGUCCUGGAGCAUUCCUGCGUGCACACCAGCUGUGAGGAUUUUGUCUUGCAGAUGUUUAACACUAAUGCACUGUUACUUUGAUUUGAAUCUGCAGCAGACACACAUUCGGGAGACGUCAGGAAACUCAUUCGCGCAUACUCACGUCAGCGCUGGGUGCUCACAAACAAAUGUGUUUUUUUGGGGUUUUUUUUUCCUUCUUCCUGGGCUGAAGAAUUACUAGCUUUGGGUCAGGUUCUCGCAUAUGGACACAAAUCACUGUCUUUGGUGCUGUGAACGGCCGCAACAUUAACUGGUGUCUCACGAUGAUUGUGGUUGAGUCCAAAAAAAAAAAACAUGAUUUCAUAUGUUGGAAUCUUAUUUUCAUAUAGUAGAUAACCACCAUAUUAAUCGAUGACAAACUGUAGCAUUCUACUCUAUCGGUGGAAUAAAUGUGAUUGAUUUUAUACGCAAUGUUUUGAUUGUAUGUUUGUUUUUGUUUGUUUUGUUUUGUUUUUUAUUAAAAGUGGAUUUCUC